AUGUCCAAGUCCAACAAGUCUUUUCUGUUCGUCAACAAGGACGCUGCGUCCCUUUCGCUGACCCGCAGCUCCGAGAGAGAACAAUCCUCCAUCAACAGCCACGUUCAGCGGGGUCGUCGUCAUAAGCGUCAACCUCAUGCUUCCGCUCGUAGGAAAGAAUCCUCGAAGGAGGCCUCACCUCCAUCCCUCAAGGAAGCAGAGAGCAGUGGUUCGGGUGCUUCUCCCUCGGCGUCCUCAAGCUCCUCUGGCUCUUUGACAGUGCGGACUUCAUCCGGGUUCCAUGAUUUUCUUAUUCCCUCCGAUGGCGAGCAUGUCUUGGUCGACACUGACCAGCAAUCCAAACAGCCGUACAAUGACAAUCAUUUACGUACUGCUCAGCAAACAUCAGACGAUCUCGUCAGCAUUGCAAGCCCCACCUCCGAAGCUGACCCACGUGGGCACCACAUAGCACAUGGUCUUCCCACUCCGAACGGAUCCCCUACCGGCAUCAUGCAAUUCUCCAGUAACCCUAUCGAUCCGUUUCAGCGGUCAUCGAUUCCCCUGGACAACAAGAGCCACUCUCUUAUUCAGUAUUACAAGGAGGUAUAUCAUCCUGCAGUUUGGCAUGUGGAAACAAAGGCAUCUCCUCAAGGCGGCUAUGCAUUCCAAACCUCAGCUGCCGACGUGAUUCGGAGUGCCUUGACCAGCGACGUCGACAUGUAUGCACUGUUGGCGUGCAUGGCAUCUCGGCAGCAGUAUGUUGAUCGCAGAGAGGGAUAUUCGACAGACGAAUAUCUUGGCAAAGCUCUCGCCGCUACCCGCCGCUUCAUCAUGCAGCGGGCAGAACAGGGUCCCAAAUCUCAUGAAGAAAUACUGAUGGUCAUCUUCCAUCUGUACGCCGCUGAAGGGUAUAGAAAUAAUACCGCCGCAGCCAAGAUACAUAUGAGAGGUGCCAAGACCAUUGUUGCUGCAAUCGGUGGUCUCAGCAAGCUACAAGACCCUCAGAUGCGUGAGCUGCUCAUCAUUGGAGACGGUCUUCUCUCGGCCAUGACUCUGCAGCCGUGUGAGUUGCCUUGCGAGUUUGAUCCCGGCUCAUAUUCCGAUGCCACUCCGGACGAGCUACGCAUCGAUGCCCCAUACGAGCCUGGCAACCUCUGCCCUGCUUUGAGAUUAGAGCCGCGCCACCAAAUCAUCCCUCCACCUAUUCAGGCUCUCAUCGACGAGGUGGCGGAGCUCAAUUGGGUGCUCAUACAUGCCAAGGAGGCGUCACCGGACGCCAGCACCCAUGCUAUGCGCUGGAUCCAAAUGCGCAGUAUGGCAAUUCGACAUCGAUUGCUAUUGUUUGAGGUCCAGGACCCCCGCCUUGAUGCAUUCCGGGCCGUAUUAGUGCUUUGGAUUGUCACUACGACCACUCUAUUGGGACUCAAGCGGCUAGCACUAGUGAUCGCGCCCCAGAUACGGAGAAAAUUGAAGGCGGUUACAGAGCAGGGCCUCGAAUUCAAUCAUACCGAUAUCAAAGCCUGGAUGCUCUCGCUGGGUGCGAUGAGUGCCGUGCCCGAGAGUGAAGAUGCUAGGUGGUUCAUCAGGAAGUUGGCCGACCUGCUAGUAUCCAGCGGGGCUGUCUUCCAGGCGCAAACGGCCACGGAUGAGGAUAAAGUUCUGAACGAGCUGCGGGGGCUUCAGGAAAAGUUCUUCUACCAUGAUGCUGUGCAUUCCCCGUAUCUAGCGACAUUAGCUAAGAAAGUGGUGGCAGAGGCUAGCAGGCGUCAGCAAUGGCAGAAUGCAAGAAUUUUACCGCGCUGA